AUGGACUACAAAAAUGCUUCGGAGGUGGAAAUGAAUCAACUUGUUCUUCCAACGCACACGAACGAACGGCAAGAAAAUUGCCUCAGUGGAGGACAGCUGUUGAAAUGGAUGGACGCCGUGGCGUGUCUCGCGGCCGAGAAACACGCUCGAGCAUCUUGUGUGACGGCGUCCAUGGACGAGCUGUAUUUCGCACAGCAAAUCUACGUCGGCCAGGUUGUUAACUUGACGGCACGAGUGAAUCGAGCGUUCAACACGAGCAUGGAGGUUGGAGUUUCGGUAAAGGUGGAGAACCUUCUUAGUGGCAAGGUACAAGAAGUUUGCAAUGCUUUUUUCACUUUCGUAGCGUUUGAUAAAGACAAUCAAAAACAGCGGUUGACUCCUGUUGUGCCAUUCACGGCUGAGGAAAAAUUACAGUAUGCUCUAGCCAACGAGAGAAGAAGAUUGCGGAUACAGUAUCCGACUAACCUCAAAGAGCUUGCGCUAAAGCAGAAUGGCGAGACCGAGAGUCAACAAUGGACUCCUCUGCCAGAGAAUGCAAAGUCCACUGAUGAGAAAAUCUCGCCUUUCAAGACUACACUAGAAAGUGUGGAGCUUGUUCUUCCCCCACAUGCAAACCAUCAUCAAACAGCGUUUGGUGGUCAAGUGAUGGCUUGGAUGGUAGCCGCCUGCACCAUCGCUGCUACCCGCCUUUGCAGAUCCCAUCCGCAGCUGCGAGCUGUUGACGAGGUCAAAUUUCGAGGUCCCAUCAAGGUCGGAGAUCGGGUAAUCAUUAAAACUAUGGUUAAUAACACGUAUGACGUGCAUAUGGAAGUAGGAUGUCGAGUAGAGGCUUAUUCAAUCGGAGGUGAAGUGCGACACGUCAACAGCGCUUUUUUGAUUUUUGUUGCACCUGACAAGACUGGCGUUCCGAAGAUCCUGGUACCUUUGCGAUUAGACACGGAAGAAGCACAGCGACGCGCGCGUGAGGCUAUGGCUAGGAAACGCCUCCGCUUAGAGCGGGAACAGAUCCGUAAAUCGGUGGGACCCGUCAUCGCCAUUCCUUGGAAUCACAAUAUAAGUCAGCUGCUGAACUACAACAACGUAGAAGCGCUGGUGAAACUUUACGAACUGACCAAAUGGGAACAGGUGCGAUCCUCGUCAGGUGUCACGCUUUUCAAAUGUGAAAGCGACAGUUACCUUUGUGUGAAGGCCACUCUAUGUGUAGCCGUUCCUCCUGGUGAAGUGUUUGCGCUGUUAAGAAAUGAAAAUGGUCGAAAAGAAUGGGACCCACUUUUGAUCAAAGUAGAAGUAGCAGAGGUCGUCGACGAUGACGACGAGAUUCUUCACAUGGUUUUGGAGAACAACUUACGUAACGCAACAAAACCAGAUGAUGUAGUUCUUUUGGUGUCACGCAGGAUCCCUUGCGACACAAGAGACCACUUUACGAUUGCUUACCGGUCAGUCAAAUUGACGACUCAACCACCUUUUCCAGAGUAUAAUCGUAAAGAACACUUGUGUUCAGGAUUGCUGAUAAAAGAAACUGAGGGGGAGAAGGGAAAGUCGACCAUAACUUACAUCAAUCAAACCACUCGUGAGCUGGAGCCGUACGUAUUGGGAGACCUCGCUGGUGCGACAGAGUUUUAUGUCAAGCGAUUUAGGCCACUCGAGGCAUUUUUAUUGAAAAAUGCAUGCAGUACAUAA